AAAAAGUACUACAAGAAUACCCUCACAGCCGCAUACCUCUCUCAUCCUCCAUUUUUGCAUUCUCACCGCCGCUCCCAGUUUUUACCUUUCACUUCUCUUCGCCGUUGCAAUUAAGCAGAGGAAACCAUUUUAGCGAUGGGUCAUUCAGUGACCGAAGAUGCUAUCUCUACUAUUCUAGCUAACCCGUCCCCUGAAUCUGGGUCUGAUCUGCCGGAAAUUGUAGUCCAAGUUGUGGAUCUGAAGCCCACCGGCAACCGAUACAUGUUCACGGCUAGUGAUGGGAGGUUGAAGCUCAAGGCAAUUUUGCAGGCUAACACAUCGUCUGAUGUCAUCUCUGGGGCCAUUCAAAACUUGGGCCUGAUUCGAAUUCUUGAUUAUACUCUCAAUGACAUCCCCAUGAAGAAUGAAAAAUACCUGAUUGUAACAAAGUGCGAGGCUGUGUGCCCUUCCCUUGAAGCUGAAUACAAGGUUGAGGCCACAAAUGAACAGAAAAGUGAAGGGGCAAGCAUUGUAUUAAAGCCCAAACAGGAUAUAGACAUGGUAAGUUCAGUGGAGAAAGAUUCAGCUUGCAUUUCUUUGAAACCCAAGCAAGAAAUGAUAUCCAAAUCAGCUGCACAAAUUGUACAUGAACAGACUGGAAACAUGGCACCUCCAGCACGCAUGGCAAUGACCCGGAGAAUUCAUCCACUUAUUUCACUGAAUCCAUACCAAGGAAAUUGGACAAUCAAAGUUUGUGUUACUAGCAAGGGAAAUAUGCGGUUUUACAAGAAUGCAAGGGGAGAAGGCUGUGUCUUCAAUGUUGAAUUAACAGAUCAGGAUGGCACACAAAUACAAGCAACAAUGUUUAAUGAAGCAGCAAAGAAGUUCUUUGACAAUUUUGAAAUGGGGAAGAUGUAUUACAUUUCAAAGGGUACUCUUAAACUGGCAAAUAAGCAGUUCAAGACCGUACAAAAUGAUUAUGAAAUGACCUUGAAUGAAAAUUCUAUAGUUGAAGAGGCUAGCAAUGAACCUGCUUUUGUUCCUGAAACUAAAUUUAACUUUGUCCCCAUUGAUGAGCUUGGCCCAUUUGUAAAUAGCCGGGAGUUGGUCGAUGUUAUUGGUGUGGUUCAAAGUGUUUCUCCUACUGUGAGUAUUCGGAGAAAAAGUAACAAUGAGAUGAUCCCAAAGCGUGAUAUAACAAUUGCAGAUGAGACGAAGAAAACUGUUGUUGUAUCGCUGUGGAAUGAUCUUGCCACAAAUGUUGGACAAGAAUUGCUUGAUAUGGUUGAUAAAUCUCCAGUAGUUGCAAUCAAAUCCCUUAAAGUUGGUGACUUCCAAGGCGUUUCUUUAUCAACAUUGAGCAAGAGUACAGUGCUGGUGAAUCCAGAUGUACCCAAAGCCAAAGACUUGAGAUCUUGGUUUGAUACUGAAGGUAAAGAAACACCAUUGGCUUCAGUUGGUUCUGGUUUGAGUCCAUCCUCCAAAACUGGUUCUUGGUCAUCAUCUGAAAGAGUUUCCUUGCUUCAUAUAACCAGUGACCCCUCUCUCGGUGAGGGAAAGCCUGUAUUCUACAGAAUAAAGGCAAACAUCAGUUUCAUCAAACCUGAUCAGGCUAUGUGGUAUCGUGCAUGCAUGACUUGCAGCAAGAAAGUAACUGAAGGCCUUGGUAAUGGGUACUGGUGUGAAAGCUGCCAGAAGAAUGAGGAGUGCAGACUGAGAUAUAUAAUGGUUAUGAAGGUUUCAGAUGCAAGUGGUGAAGCUUGGCUGUCCGUUUUCAAUGACCAGGCUGAGAAAAUACUAGGCUCCACUGCAGAUGAGCUAAAUAAGCUGAAAUCUCAGGAUGGAGAGAGUGCUUAUCUAGAGAAACUGAAAGAAGCCACUUGGGUUUCUUACCUCUUCCAAGUCAGUGUGGCGGUUCAGGAGUACAACAAUGAGAAAAGGCAAAGGAUUACAGCAAGAGGUGUUGCUCCAGUUGAUUAUGCGGAAGAAUCUAAACACUUGCUCGAAGAAAUGUCUAAGAUGAACGUCAAUAGCACUGCAUGAUAUACAGUAGAAACUAAUCCAUCUAAGGAUAUUUUGCUUCAGUAGACUUAGCUUGUUAAUUAUUUAUUCUGCAAGAACUUGUCAAGUAUUGAAUCUAUGUUUAUGGUUUAUUUUGCAUGUAAAUCCCCAAAUCCAUGGCUUAGAAAGAAAGCCUCUUUGAAAGGCCAAUUAAACACAUUUGAGAACUUCUUUCAG